AUGAUCAGAAGUACCGGAAAUGGGGGACUUUUUGGAAACAUAUCGAAAAAAUCAUUUUCUUUAAGUAGUAUAACCGUUACGGCAGCCACAAACGUUGACAUAUUACAAUUAAACAGUCAAAUUUUUUUUAAAUAUUUAGAAAAUUUACCAAAUACGGCAUCAUUGAUUGAAUUUUUAACAAAAAGAACGGAAGAUUAUAUUCUGCCAAUGCAAGACGAAAUGGAUCCAUUAAAAUAUGAUUUUUUUGAAUCGUCAGAUGACACAUUACCAUUUGAAGUUACCUUACAUUUGUCGUACUACGAUAAAUUUGGAAAUUACGUCAUCAAUUCGCAAAGAAUAAGUAAAAGGUAUUUGUCGAGUAAAAAAUCAUUAGUAUAUGAUCUUCUGGCAAAUGUACCUUUCGAAACUUUUUGCAUUGCGGCUCCACGAAAUUGGAAGCUGAUGGUUUUAUCAAUAUUAAGAUUGAACAGAAUUCUGAGAUUACAUUACGUCCGUGAAUUCUACAAUUGGAAAGACAAACAAUUAAUGACAAAUUUUUUAAUUCUUAAAAUAACGUGGGUUGUUUUGAACGGUGCAUUAGUUAUACAUAUUUUUGCCGCUUUAUGGUAUUUCAUAUCAAAACCAUUCGGUUAUGAAAUCAAAAACAGUUGGGUGAUAUCUACAUUUGGUGUAAGAAAUUUAACCUCUAGAGACCUUUAUGCCAUGUCAAUGUAUUACGUAAUUACAUUAACAACAACUACCGGAUAUGGAGAUAUUCGUACUAACACCGUUAUGGAAUUAUUAAUGUCAGUUUUUUUUAUGAAUGUAAAUCCUGUUUUUGCGGGGUCCGUAGCCGGAGUGAUUAAUAACAAAAUGACACCUUUAUUGCAAUAUCAAGUAACGGCAUUAAAUUUAGAAAAUUCGUUAAAAUUUCAAAAAACCAGCAUGUUCCUAAUAGAAAAAAUUAAAAGUUAUGUGAAAUAUUUUUGGGAUCUCAGAGCUAUAAAAGAAAUACCGCAAUUUAUAAAAAAUGCUCCAUAUUCUUUACAAUGCGAAGUCAUGACUGCAAUGUAUGGUCAUCAUUUAUCACAAAGUUUCAUAUUUUACAAUUUGGGAGAUAGAUUUUUGACACAAUUAAGCACUCAUCUCAAAAGAUCAAUUUAUUUCACCGGAAACUAUGUCGUACAACAAGGAGAUAUCGAUCAAACAAUGUAUUUUAUUAAUUCGGGGGAGAUAUCAGUGCUCACCAUUCAUCCAGAUUUAACUGAAACAAUUCAUUUUACACUACAUGCAAAUGACAGUUUCGGAAUAAGACAGGGUCUCCAAAUUGAGGCGGAACAUCAUUUUUCCUACAGGGCUAGAUGUCAAACGGAAGUAUUACUUUUAUUACUAAGUGAAUGGCAGCAAUUACUUAAAUAUUUUCCAGAUGUUAGAACAGAAAUUUAUCAAAGAUUACAAUCCUUACCUUCUGAAAAUGUUAAAGUUGAGCCAGUUGAUGAUACAGCUGAAAGUGGAGCUGAAGAUACUGUUAAAGAUACACCUCAAGAUACCAGCAAACCAAAAGAUAAAUAA